AUGGACAUUGAGCAUUGUGUUAAUCAUAGCCUUAUGCCCUUAUCAGAUCCUACACAAAAUGGGCUUCCAGAGGAAAAUCAGAGUUAUAAUCCAUGGAAUCAGUUUUCUCAAAGGGUUCCAGAAACCGAAUUCCAAUCUUCUCAACCCGAGAAUUUCCAGUUCCGUGAUGCUCAGAAUGAAGAAUCUGACAGUUCUAGUGACGACCCGACUCCCGAAAGAAACGAAGAAGAAACCAGUGAGGAGUUGCAACCCGUUGCUGAGAAAAAACGCAACUAUACACACCGCCAGAAGCGAAAGAACUGGGUGGAACGCAAAGAGUUGGCUUUGGCUAGGGCAUAUGUCAAUAUUUCUAAAGACAAACAACGCGGAAAUCAACAAAGGUUCGAUGCAUUUAUGGAGAGUGUUCUAGAGCAUUUUAAUGUUCAAAUGGGAGGUUCGGAUCAGUCACGACACCACGUAAACUCAAAAUGGAAAGACCUCCAAAAGAAAUGUAAUGCUUUCAACGACAUCUAUAACCGUAAGAUGAACAUUGUGGCCAGCGGAAGAUCUGAGGCUGAUGUUUUACAAUAUUCACUAAACGAGUAUCGGAGGACUAUUAACCAGAAAGGUUUUCCUCAUCAACAAGCUUGGGAGUGGUUGAAAGACAACGCGAAAUGGGCAUUUGUUACAAAAGCAGGUGAAGACUCCCCACCUCCUUCCUCAAAACGAACCAAAACAUCUUCAUCCAACGCCUACACAUCAUCAUCUGAUCCAUAA